GUCAUUCUGCGAUGCCAUUCGUAGUUCUAACUGCUACUAUCGGUUAGUUAAUUUGUGUUGGUGACCUUUGAAAGGAAAUAUUUUCCUGUAUUUGGUUUUUUGAUUUCCUUGAUUUUUUCUAUGAGUUUCAGAUUGGUUUUUUUGUUUAUACCGAUUGCUGUUCUCCCAAUUUGCCUUAGCAGAUUAGAGGAAGAUGCCUCCCUCAACAGCACAACGGACAACAAUGCAACUGACAACUGCAACCUAAAUAAUAAAUGCUUCCAUGCACCUCCAGAAUUAUGUCCUAGGGCAGAUAGUCCAUGCAGAUGCCACCAAUUACCAAAUUGCUCGAAGGCUGUUGUAUGCUGCAAUGUCACUAGUUUUCAACUAGUCGAAGGAUUAGCGUGCGCAAACGUGAGUGACGGUAAUGUCACUGCAGUGCACGUUCGAAAUGCAACUCUGGACACCUUGAAUCUCUCACAGCCAACGUGGAGGAGAUUGAAAUACAUGACAAUAACAGAUGGACACAUAAAGAGUGUCACUGGCGAAUUUACUAGACUUACAUCCAUAUCGUACCUUAAUUUGUCCUCAAAUGGCAUAAGUAAAUUUGAUGACAGAUCACUUGGUAAUUUGUUCGAUUUACGUUAUUUAGAUGUAUCCCACAACAAUCUUACUGAAGUGCCUAGAUUCAAAAUGGAAGGAGCUGUUACCCUGGAUAUAUCGUAUAAUCCCUAUAUAUUAUGCAGUAGUGUACUGGACGCACUAAAGAGAGCAGAACUAUUUUUCAGUAAUGGAAAACAAACCUAUUGUUCCAGUUCUAAAACAUUUCAUUGGUUCAAUACUACAGAACACUUACCGUUGAUACAAAUUAUUGGCUUACAUGAGCUGAGCAAGGAUUGCCAAAAGAUGAAUUCAAAUUGCCUUUGUGUACCAUCUAGGGUUGAUUUGAUUCCCGGAAAAGCCCCUAUAUUCGCCAUAGAUGUUAACUGUUCUAACAGGAAAUUAAAACAGAUGCCCACACCAUUACCCCCAAAUACUGUCAGCCUCAAUAUAGCUAACAAUAAUAUCACCUCUCUAGCAGCCGUUAAUAAUGACAUUUCAUACGUACAUCUCAGGGAAUUAUAUGCAGAUAACAAUCAGAUUACUUCAGUGCUUCCAUUGGAGGGCUCUAAAUUUAUCAGUAAUUUUGUAGUUCUCAGUUUACGUAAUAAUAAAAUAGAUUCGUUGCCAACAUAUAUGUUCUCCAAUGCUUUUGAUAGAAAUUUUUUUCUGAGAACUGUUUAUUUGGAGAAAAACCACAUCCAUUGUGACUGCAAUACUGCGAAAAAUUUGAAGGUGUGGUUACUCACAAAGGCGAAACAAAUCCCAGACUACAAGGAAAUAUUUUGCGAGAACAUCAAUUCGCCUGUGAUGGAUCUGAAUCCUUCGACACUCUGUCAAAGUACAUCGGAUUGGACUGACUAUGUCUAUUACAUUAUAACUUUCCAAGUGCUAUUGCUUGUCGGGCUCAUUGCAAAAGUUUUUUACGAUUAUUGGGUCUUCAAAACUGCUGGAUAUUUGCCGUGGCCAGCUAGUAAAAUGCCAAAAAUGCCUUGUGACUGGCUGUGUGAAUGAAAAUUUGUUCG